GCUGGCCACUUGGCUCUGCUCUGCUCCAGACAUCAUGGCGUGGCAACAUGUAUUCCUUCAUACCCGGCUCCCGUUACGCAGGUGGACGCCUGCAUGAGGAGUAGAGGCGCAUUUGCAAGGAAAAGAAAAAAAAGAAAAAGGGUUGCCUGCUCUGUUCUCUGGGACACAGCGUUAUAUUUUCCUGCCACAUCCCGCACGGAGAAAUCGACCGCAUUGCUUUGUUGAAGGAGCGGACGGACCAAGUCGUGUACAUAUCUCUCUCCAUAUAUAUAAAACUAAUUGCUCGCAUGGGCACGCACAGUAUUAUAGGAGAGAGAAAGAAAGAAACACGCGAUCAGUGCAUGGGUGGGAUUCCUUCAUUGCGCUUCAGACAGGGGAAGUUGUGACAACAAGCGGCUACAGUGGAGGCAAACAAAUGGCAGCUUAACAGGCGUGAUGACUGCGAUGUGCGCCUGUAAUUAAAGGAGAGUUUUCGACCUUCGCGUUUCUUUCUUUCUUUUCUUUUUCUUUUUUUUUCUCUCUCUCUCUCUCUUUUUUUUUGAUGGACUUGAAGCCUGAAUUUGACGCCAACCUUCAACCGUCUGACGCUUCUCCGGGAGCGCAACCCAGCGCUUCAAAGGGAGCUCCGGACUGCAGCUCUCCAUCCUGACACCACCUCAGCUGCGAUUCGUAACAGCCGUGAGAUUUACCGGGGAUCUAAUCCGCCGUGUUUGUGCGUUACAAACCCACACGCUGAGGGUGGACUUGAUACGACCGCGUACCGUAGCUUUAAACCCAUUCGAAGACCACUCGGACUCAAGUCUCGGACUCAAGCCCGGGCUUUCGGAUUUCGGGGGGGUGGAUUUCAGCUUUAUAAAUUUUCGCCUUGAAGCCUCGGAUCGUUCUGGGAUUUUAGGUGGGGUUUUACCCCGACGCAGGUAACUGGAAGGUACCCCACUGUCUUCUUGUUGAAGACACUUGAGCGGCAGAUUGUCGCUCGUCACGUCCCUGGGAUUUUUUUUUCUCUCUUCUCUCCAGCAGAUCCCUGACCAGCCUAACAAGAAGGCUUUUACGCGUUAAUUUGGAAUAAAUGAACUCUCGUCUCCGUCUGAGAUCCGCUGUGAAUUUAUCCAGUGAGACAAGAGUGUGGACGUCUAAAUUAUGUGCAACAUCCCUUUGGCGUCUUCUAUAUUAGUCCUACUUUUGACUGCUUUGAAGUGAACCCUGUGAGGAGCAGCCAGAACGACACGAUAUUCUGGUGGUGUUUUCCUGUGAUGGGAGUGGGAGUCGCCUGCCACAGCCCCGACUCUCGAACCGCCAGCUGGUCACAGGAUGCUAAUGUGGAACCUGUGAUGGAGACCAGGGCUUGAUAUCUGGACCUGGAAACUGAUCAACAAUGGACCGGCUGGUUCUGUGCGUGCUGCUGUGUGCAGCCCUGGUGAAGGGAUACAGCUGUCCCGGCCGCUGCAUUUGCCAACACCUCUCGCCCACUUUGACUCUGCUCUGUGCUAAGACCGGUCUGUUGUUUGUGCCCCCCUCCAUCGACCGCAAGACCGUCGAACUGCGGCUCACUGACAACUUCAUCACCAUCAUCCGCAAGAAAGACUUUUUCAACAUGACCAGUUUGGUCCAUCUCACCUUGUCCCGCAACACCAUCAGCCAGAUCACGCCCCACGCCUUUGUCGGCCUGCGAUCCCUGCGGGCGCUCCACAUGGACGGAAACCGCCUCAGUGUUAUAAAAAGCGACCACUUUAAAGGCCUCAUCAACCUGCGUCACCUCAUCCUGGGCAAUAACCAGAUCCACCAGGUGGCCCCUAACUCAUUUGAUGAGUUUGUUUCCACCAUAGAGGACUUGGAUCUUUCCAAUAACAACCUGCGCAGCCUUCCCUGGGAAGCUAUAGCCGGAAUGACCAACAUUAACACGCUCACACUGGACCACAACCUGAUUGACCACAUUGGAGCGGGGACUUUCACACUGCUCACUAAGCUAGUCCGCCUGGACAUGACCUCUAACAGGCUGCAGAAGCUUCCGCCAGACAGCCUGUUCCAGCACGCUCAGGUGCUGUCUGAUGCCAAGGGCUCCAGUUCGUCCACUCUGGCCGUGAGCUUUGGCGGGAACCCUCUUCACUGUAACUGUGAGCUGCUGUGGCUCCGCAGGCUGACGAGGGAGGAUGAUUUGGAGACCUGUGCCUCACCAGAGCACCUCAUGGACAAAUACUUCUGGUCCAUCCAAGAGGAGGAGUUCAUCUGUGAGCCUCCGCUGAUCACUAAACACCUUGCCACUAAGCCCUAUGUCAUGGAAGGUCAAGGUGUGACUCUUAAAUGCAAAGCUGUGGGUGAUCCAGACCCAGAUAUUCACUGGCGGUCGCCAGAUGGCAAGUUGGUGCAUAACAAUUCCCGCACGAUCCUGUAUGAUAAUGGCACCCUUGAUAUUCUCAUCACCACGCUGAAGGACAGCGGGGCAUUUAAUUGUGUGGCGUCCAAUGCCGCAGGCAUCGCCACAGCUGCUGUUGAGAUCAACAUGAUCCCCUUACCCUUGUUUGUUAACAACACAGGCCACAUGCGUGAGGACCCCGGCCUCUCUGACAUCACCACUUCCACAAAAUCUGGCAAUGACACCAAGGGCUACGACAAGCAGGACAGGAGGGUGAUGGUCAGUGAGCUGACCUCCUCCUCUGCAGUGAUUCGCUGGCCGUCUGAGCGCCAUAUCCCUGGCAUCAGAAUGUACCAGAUUCAGUACAACAGCACAGCAGAUGAUACUUUGGUGUACAGAAUGAUCCCAUCUACCAGCAAGAGCUUCCUAAUCAAUGACCUGGCUGCAGGACGGGAGUACGACCUGUGUGUGCUGGCGGUUUACGACGACGGCAUCACAUCAUUAACGGCCACACGUGUGGUCGGUUGUGUGCAGUUUCACACGGCCAGCGAGGUCAGUCAAUGCCGCUUCAUGCACAGUCAGUUCCUGGGAGGCACCAUGAUCAUCAUUAUCGGCGGCAUAAUUGUUGCUUCAGUGCUUGUGUUCAUCAUCAUCCUGAUGAUCCGCUACAAGGCCUACAGCAGCCCAGAGGACAGCAAGACCAAGGUCAGCUCCAGCAUGCACUCCCAGACCAACGGCAGCCAGCAGCGUCUCCAGCGUUCCACCUCCAAGCAGCCCUCUGACGAGGGCCAGCGUGAGCCUCAGACGCCCAAAGAGUGCAUGGCACUGGUGCUGCUGGUGGACAACGAGAAGAAGGAUGAUGCGGCAUCCGCCACUGCCAUCCUGGAGGUGGAGCUGCCUCAACUGACUGCGGACAAGAUGAAGAGAAGAACCAGCCUGGACGCACAGCGCUCUGGUCCUCCAUCUGAAGACACGCAGACGGACAGUAGCCUGACAGGCUCCACCAUGUCCCUGUGUCUCAUAGGCCCCAAUGCCGGCACCAAGGAGGCUCCCAGGCUCAAGGACAAGAAAAGUGCCCUGGCCAACAUGGGCUUGCUCCCUAAUGAGCUCGCACGAACUAGGCACAGAUUUUCCUUUGAUGGUGGGGAUUACUCCAUAUUUCAGAGUCAUAGUUACCCACGCAGAGCGAGGACGAGGUGGCACAAGUCCACCAACCAGCUCAACAUGGAGUCAUCGCCGCUCGCCAACAGGAGAGUUACAUUCAGCAGCACUGAGUGGAUGCUUGAGAGCACAGUCUGAGGAAAGUAGUGUCGCCAAAAAAAGAAAUUGAAAAAAAAAAACAAAACAAAACAAACACACAAGCACACACAUGUAAAAACACAAAUAUGUCUACAUGCCAUAUAACACACUUUCCCUGCACACAGCAAAUGAUAAACACAAGCACAUUUACUUACACAUGCAAACUCUCUGCGAGUUGCUGGAGAAGAACAUCAGUCUCCUUUCAUCCUGCCUCCCUGUCAUACUCCCCGAGAGGUUUGUUGGCCAUGUCCUUUCUUUAUGCAGCAGUGCCUUAUUCUAAAAAGAAAAAAAAAAAAUGUACGAAUGGAGGAUGCUGCUCACUGUAGUCAUAAACCUUCCUCUCUGUCAUUGCCUCCUGCCCUGAUAACAGGAGGCAUUUCUUUGGAUUUUUGAUUUUCUCCUUUUACUCUGUGACAUGCCAAGGGAGUAUGGCGUUUGGAUGUGACUGUUUUAAUUGUUUAAAAAAAGAAAAGGAAAAAAAAAAAAUCAUCAUAACUGUAAAGUGAACAGCCAGGUAUCCUGUUAUGUCAAUCAUGUUUUGGGUUCUUUCUCGAAAAAAAAACAAACAAACAAACAAACAAAAAAAAACUUUUGCACAGAAGACACGAGAUACAAGGACUAGUAUCACCACCAGUCUAUACAAUAAUAAUAAUAACGGGGUAAAAAAAAAAAGAAAAGAAAAAAAGAAUAGAAUUUUACAAAUGCCGAUUUCUAAUGUUAGCAUAGAGAGGAUGGACCCGGAAACCUGUUAUGGAUUCCUCUUUGACGGUCGGACUAUAUGAUGUUAAAUAGGUAUUGUUCCAGAUGUGACUGUAUAUUAAUCGGUACUGUAUCUGGCUGGUCUAGAUAAAAGACAACAAACAAAAAAGGCAUAUAUAAGUAUAUUAAAACAUUGGUGUAUGUGUACUAACUAUGUAAGUAAGUAAGUCAUAUGUCACAUGACUUUUUACAAAGCAUUUGGGUGUUGGCUGCAAGUUUUUACAUUAAAAACCUGUGUCAUCACACCUCUCCCUAUUUAGUAUGUCAAAGUUUGGACCAUUUAUCCCCUCACGAAGGGUAUUAAAUUUUUUUGUGUGGGUAAA